AUGGCGGCUGCAGUCGCUGAGAACAUCUCCGUUAGCUGCCGACAGCUAACCGGAAACGUGACGGUUGAGUCAAAUGGACGGAGAAGCGUCAGCCUCCAGACGCGCUUCCUCUCCCGCGGUCAGCGGAAGGAGCUCGCAGCGCUGCGCGUCAAGCUCAGGAAAUCCGCGGCUCGCUCUGUGAUUGCAGCCGCCCGUCAGCCAGUGGCAGCAGCGGCGUACACAGCGGAGGCGGUGGAGAGCCUGAAGCUGGAGCCCAUCUCUCAGAUCAGCGGCACCGUCAACCUGCCCGGCUCCAAGUCCCUCUCCAACCGCCUCCUGCUGCUCGCUGCUCUCGCCAAGGGCGAGACGGUGGUGGACAAUCUGCUCGCCAGCGACGACGUCACCUACAUGCUCGCUGCUCUGCGCUCCCUGGGAGUGCCUCUGGUGGAGAUGCCUGAGAAGCGGCGGGUCAUAGUCACGGGCAGCGCAGGGGUGUUCCCCGUGGGGAGAGAGGAGGAGGGGGAGGGGGGGAAACCAGGGGAAACGGUGGAUCUGUUUCUAGGGAACGCGGGGACCGCCAUGCGCCCGCUCACUGCUGCUGUGGCCGUGGCUGGGGGCAACAAGAGCUACGUUCUGGAUGGAGUCCCGAGGAUGAGGGAGCGCCCCAUAGGCGACCUGGUGGCUGGGCUGCAGCAGCUGGGGUGCGACUGCGAGUGCUCCCUGGGGACCAACUGCCCUCCCGUGCGCGUGGCAGCUAAGGGAGGCCUCCCUGGCGGCACGGUAAAGCUGUCAGGGGCAGUGAGCAGCCAGUAUCUGACCGCUCUUCUCAUGAGCUUGCCCCUGGCGAAAGGAGACAGCAGCAUUGAGAUGAUUGACAAGCUGGUGUCAGUGCCCUAUGUGGAAAUGACUCUCCGCCUCAUGGAGAGAUUCGGGGUGAACGUACAGACGGAGGGGAAUUGGGAGCAGUUCCUGAUUCCCGGCAACCAGACGUACAUCUCCCCCGGGCGCGCCUUUGUGGAGGGGGAUGCAUCCAGUGCCAGCUAUUUCCUUGCUGGGGCGGCCAUCACUGGAGGGACCGUCACUGUUCAUGGGUGCGGGCGCAGCAGCCUGCAGGGUGAUGUGCACUUCGCGUCAGUGCUCGAGCAGAUGGGAGCUACAGUGACAUGGGCGGAGGAGAGUGUGACUGUAACGGGGCCUCCCCCGGCAGCCAAUGGGAGCAUCCGGCGGCUCAAGGGCAUCGACGUGAACAUGAACAAGAUGCCAGAUGUCGCCAUGACAUUGGCUGUCGUGGCUCUCUUUGCUGAAGGCCCCACUGCCAUCCGUGAUGUGGGAACGUGGCGUGUGAAGGAGACGGAGCGGAUGAUUGCCAUCUGCACUGAACUGACCAAGCUGGGAGCACAUGUGGAGGAGGGUCCGGACUACUGCAUCAUCACACCCCCGGAGCGUGUGCUCCCCGCGGAGAUCGACACAUAUGACGACCACCGCAUGGCCAUGUCCUUCGCCCUUGCUGCCUGCUCCGGAACUCCCGUGGUUCUGACUAUUCGAGACUCGUCGCUAGCUUCUCACGUUGUUCGUUACGGCACCAUGCUCUUCCUGCUCUCAUGGCCGCUCCUGUCUCUGCUGGGGUACCUUUAUCCAGCAUACGCAACGUACAAGACCGUAGAGCGACGCUCUUCAGAGCCAGAUGAUUUCCGCUUCUGGUGCAAGUACUGGGUGAUUAUGGCGGCAUUCCACGUCUUGGAGACCUGCCUUUUUUUCGGCCUUAUCACCUGGCUUCCCUUCUAUGACGUCUUCAAGGUCCUUUUCUGCGUAUACCUCUGGCAUCCGCGAACUCAGGGCACACUGCUGAUCUACCAUCGUGCCAUCGUGCCUGCCUUGUCGCGCCACGAGCAAGAGAUUGACCGCAGGAUCGCGGAGGUGCAGACACGUGGCAUGGAUUUGGCCGUUGAGUACUCUCGCAUCCUCGCAUCUAAGAUCAUGUCUCUCGCCAAGGCGGGCGCUGAGGCCGCCCCUAAAGUCUACGAACGUUACCAGCAGCAUGCUGCAGCUCAGCCUGCUGCUUCCACAGCAUCCACCUCCUCGUAUUCCUCUGGGGAGCUGGGAGAUAAGAUCACCGGAUUGGGGGACCCAGUUGACUACGACAUGGGCCUUCGGGCUCGCAAGCCAACUUCUGUUGCUGACAUUUGGCGCUUUUCUGAUCCUAAUUCGCACGCCACUGCCAUGUAUCGCUCCGGCAGCUCACGCUAUGGAAGCGACUACAGAAGCGACUACAGGGGAGAUUACAGAGGAGGGGACUACAGGGGCGGCGGAGGCGGGUACCAGACUUCCGCUCGGCUUUACGUCGGUCGUCUCUCCACGCGGACUCGCACUCGAGAUCUGGAGUCUCUUUUCGGGAAAUACGGACGGAUUCGUGACGUGGACAUGAAGCGAGACUAUGCGUUUAUUGAAUAUAGUGAUUCGAGGGAUGCGGAAGACGCAGCUCAUUAUCUGAACGGCAAGGAGGUGGACGGCAGUCACAUCAUUGUGGAGUUCACUCGCCGGGGGCCGCGCGGGCAGGGCUUCGGGGGGCCUCCGGGUCCGCGCAUGGGGGGAAUGGGCAUCACGCAGGGGCGCUGCUACAACUGCGGCAAGGACGGCCACUGGGCUCGCGACUGCCGCAAUGGCGACUGGGGCGGCAAGUGCUACCGGUGUGGCGAGCGCGGGCACAUCGAGAGGGACUGCCGGAACAGCCCCGCCCAGAGGUAUCGGUCUCGCAGCCGCAGCCGUUCGCGCAGCCCUCGCCGCGGGCGUGACCGCCGCAGUCGCAGCCGCAGCAACAGCAAGGAACGGGACGAGCGCAGCAAGAGUCGCAGCAGGAGCCGCAGCCGCAGCCGCAGCAACGACCGCGAAAAGGAUCGCAGCAGGAGCAGGAGCAGGAGCAACGAGCGCGAGAAGGAUCGGGAGAAUGGAAAGAAGGCUGGAAGCCGCAGCCCUUCGCGCAGCCGCAGCCGCAGCAGGAGCGCAAGCAAGGAGAGGAGGAACAGCCGGAGCCCUAGUGCUGAGAAGAAGGAAGAGAAGAGUCCAAGGCGGAGCAGGAGUCCAAGUAAGGAGAGGAGCAAGAGCAGGAUAGCGGAGAAUCUGGUGUCCGACAGAAGAAUAUGCGGAGAGGGACCGUUGAAGGUUUUUGUGUACGAUCUGCAUCAGAAGUUCAAUUUCGGACUGUUUCGACAUAAGGAGCUCGAGAGCCUGCCUUUUAGCGCGGAUGAAGUUCCGGAGCUGCGAUAUCAGAGGAAGGCGGAUGGAGGGGUGUCCGGACGAGGCUUCGAACACAGCGGCGAAUUCUUCAUCGUUUACAACCUACUGGCGAACAACCACAGCGACAGCAGCAGGAGCAACGGCGACAUUAUAAGAGUAACGGAUCCCGCUGCAGCGGAUGUGUUCUUCGUGCCCUUCCUGGCGUCACUCAGCUUCAACAUCUUCACCACCAAUGGCAUGCGAGGCGCGCUCGCAGAAAAGGACAAGAUUCUCCAGGAGGAGCUGUGGAGUGUGCUCAAAGAAUCCCCAUGGUGGCAGCGGUCGGGAGGCAGGGACCACAUCAUCCCCAUGCUUCAGCCCAACGCCCUACGCCACAUUCGCCAGCGCCUCGCCCCAGCCAUGUUCCUCCUGCUCGACUUUGGCCGAUAUGCCCAGGGCGUCGCCCGGCUGAGCAAGGAUAUAGUGGUCCCGUACAACCACAUAGCGCCACCUUACACAGAGCCGGCGAGCUAUGGGGAGGCGCAGGGGCCCUGGGAGGCGCGAACGACGCUGCUGUUCUUCCAAGGGACCAUCAUGCGGAAGGAUGAGGGGUACAUUCGCAAGCUCAUCUUUGACAUGUAUCACAAGGAGCCGGACGUGAGAUUCGUGGAGAGCAAGAUCACCGGGCCUCAAGACAUCAUCUCGGCAGCAGAAGGGCUGAGGAAAUCUCGCUUUUGUCUUAAUGCGGCUGGAGACACCCCUUCGUCUGCGCGUCUCUUUGACGCCAUCACCAGCCACUGUGUGCCAGUGGUCAUCAGCAACAAGAUUGAGCUGCCCUUUGAGACUUCCAUAGACUACUCGGAUUUCACUCUUUUCGUCUCUCAUGAGGACGCCCUGCGCCAGGGCUACCUGCUGCGCUUGCUGCGCACAUUCCCGAGGGAGAGGUGGCUGCGCAUGUGGCAGACGCUGCAGCGCGUGAAGCACCACUUCGAGUUCCAGUAUCCUUCACAACCAGGUGACGCGGUCAGCAUGGUGUGGAGGGAAAUCCGCAAGAAGCUUCCUCGCGUGCGGCUCGCCAUCCACAGGGGGAAGCGCCUAGUGGUGCGCGAUUGGACCAAUGUGUGA